AUGGCGCUCCAACCACAAGAACUUGCGCCAGUGGCACCGCAGUCCUCCCUGUCCUUUACACAGGGAUUCCUUUUGGGACAGCUCUCUGUCGUUCUCCUGAUCGGCGCCUUCAUCAAGUUUUUCAUCUUCGGCGAAGCCCCACCUCCCCCUCUCGCGGACGGCCAGAAGUCAUUACGUGAGAAACCGUCGACUUCAAAUGUGCUUCGUCCAGUUCCUGCCUCCUCUACAAAUACCCGAUCUAUCCUACGCAAGACCUACUACAGCGCAAUCCCAACUAACCCCUCCUCGAAACAUGGCCGUCAACGCAUACACCAUACAUCCCAUCAGCCGGAGUCAUUGGACUGGUUCAACGUGUUGAUUGCCCAGACAAUCGCACAGUAUAGGCAGACUGCAUAUGUGCUCAAGGACUCGCCCACCUCCUCUAUACUCAGCUCCCUGAAUGCUGCCAUGAACAACCCCGAGAAAAAGCCAUCUUUCAUCGACAAGAUAAAUGUGACGGACAUUUCCUUGGGUGAGGAGUUCCCAAUCUUUAGCAAUUGCCGAAUCAUCGCAGUUGAUGACCCGAACUCGGACGGCGGGCGGCUCCAAGCCUUGCUGGAUGUGGACCUCAGCGACGACAAUCUAUCCAUCGCGGUAGAAACCUCCAUGGUGCUGAAUUACCCCAAACCCCGCUCUGCGAUUCUCCCCGUCGCAUUAUCUGUCUCUGUUGUGCGUUUCUCAGGCACGCUUUGUAUAUCGCUGAUCCCCGCAUCAACCGAAACCGACCCACUGCAUACCCCAGCCGGCUCUCCUCCUCCGCCAACAGAAGCACCCAGCUCCCCAGGCAACAAUUCCCAAGACAAGCCUCCCCCUAAAAGCAGCCCGAAGAGCAAUGUCGCUUUCUCUUUCCUGCCUGAUUACCGUCUUGACCUUUCCGUGCGCUCGCUCAUCGGGUCCCGGAGUAGACUUCAAGAUGUUCCCAAGGUAGCUCAGCUCGUAGAAGCCCGUGUCCACGCCUGGUUCGAAGAGCGCGUCGUCGAGCCACGCGUGCAAGUAGUCGGGCUUCCAGAUCUAUGGCCUCGCAUGGGCAGAACCGGCGUACGGACCGAAGAUUCAGACACUGGGUCCACCGCGCCUCCACGAACUGCAGGAUCCGCUGACCCAGGCAGCCCCUACCAGUUCUCUGGAGAAGAGGGGCUGCGAUUCCGGGGAGUCUCGGAUCCCCGCUUGGGGCUUGGGACCCUGGGUGCGGGCUCAAGGAGCAGCAGUUUCAAUGUUGAUCUAGGGAGUCUUCGCAGUCCGAGUCUAACGCGCCAGGAUAGCACUGAUGCCCCGAGUGAAUCAUUGCAGAUGCCUGGUGGGUUGCCGACGGGUGUGUCUACAGCGCGAGAAUAG